AUGAAUCAUGAAUAUUAUACAAAUUCAUCAAAAGAACUAAGAGAUUGGUUAAGAAGCCAGUUUGAUCAUUUAAACUAUGUGGUCAAUCGUUCAAAACAAUUAAUUGAACAAUCUAAAUCACUUGUGCCUAUUUAUCUACGAACUAAUCGUAUUAAAUCCCCUGUAAAUGGUGUAAUGUUAUGCGAUUAUGAAACACCUAAAUUUAAACUAACCGCUGGUGAACGAAUUGUUAUAAUUGACAAUAUGGCUGGUGGUGUAGAAAAUAAACAGAAAUUCCUACUAAGAACAGGUACUAAUCAAGAGGAAGAUAUAACAUCUGAAGCAUCACACAAUAUGACAUCUGAUACAUUGGAUAUUUGUGAAACAGACAGUGACAGUCAUUCAAGAACUGAAGAAAUAGACGAUCGUUCAACUGACAGUAACUCUUAUUUACGAUAUCCAAAACCUAGAAUUACAACAAUGCCUUAUUGGAAUUUCGGUCGUGGUCAAACCAGUGGUUCUGAAAUCACAAGUAGUGAUCAAACGAGUAGUACUUUUACAGAAAAUGUCAGUCCGUUGGGACAAUCAUCGUCAAAGCUUCAUUGGCAUAUUAGAAGUAUUGAUGGUAAAGUCGAAGCAUUAGUACCAUCUGUAUGUGUGUGGAUUCCGUCACCCGAUAUGGAAGCUCAAGAGAAGGCAAUAAAACUAUACAAAGUUAUAUUGGACAGUUGGAAUUACAUAAUAGAUGAACAAUUGAAAAUUUGUCUUCAAUUUUUCACAAUCUUAUUACAACGGUUUAUUGAAAGCGAUGGUUUAACUACAGAUGAUGAUGAAGCAUUUAAACGAUUUCUAAAUAACUUAGUAUUCUCUUUAACUGAACCACCAACAGCUGAGGCGGAAAAUUUUAAUAAGGAAUUCUUACGACUUAUUGAUGCUACACGUGAACAUUGGAAUAAAACAAAGACAUUUGGAACGCGUACGUCAGAUAGCAUUCAUCUGCGUCGAACAGAAAUUGCAAUAUUUCAAAGUCUGCUUGAUUGGAAUAAAGCUCAUAUGAGAACUAUAAAACAAUAUGAACAAGAAAACAUUAUACCACUUGAUUUAUCACAAAAACUCAAUGAUCUUCAAGAGCAAAGUUUUCAUAUGAUGGAAACUGUGACACUUGUCAAUGAUUUAGCUCAAAAGGAUAAGAAAAAAUUAGAUAGUUUACUAAAUCAAUUAAGAAUAUGGAAUAAACAAACAAAAGACAAAAAUCAAUUUAAUAUUUAUUCAUUAUCAUCAAGUUCUGAUGAUGAAUGGUUGUCAAGUUCAGGUUCGGAGUAUAUAAAUUCAGAGAGUACUUAUGAAUCGAUUGAUGAAACAGAAACAUCAUAUAUCGUUCAUUCGAAACAAAUUAAACAACCACAUUUUACAAGUAGUUUAAAAUUUCCACAUAAAACGUUUAUACUGCCAGCUAUAUUCACAUAUGAUGAAGAAAUGGUGUGUAGUUGUACUACGAGUGAAGAAAUUCAAAGUAUUGGUACUGGUAGUUCUUGUACAACUGACGAUGAAAUUGAGGAUUAUCAAAAAUACCAUUUAAAACAAGAUUUUCUUACAAGAUCGGAGGACGAUUUCUUGAAAGAAAAUAGAAAUUUCGUAACUACACUUGACAAACAAAUGUUGUUAACACUUGAACGGCCAAUGGAUACAAAAGAUAAACCAAUAACAUACAAGAGUAGAAAAUAUAUCGAUACAAAAGACGGUGGGCGCUAUUCAGUUGUCUAUAUUGAAGUAGCGCCAACUGAAGAAACUAAUAUACUUGAUUCCACUGAUCAAGAAAAUUUGAAACCGUCAACAAUUUCAAAAUCUACGCAAUCAGAAGAUCCUUUGAAAAAAACAAAAGUUACACGGAGAACAUGGAUAGAAAAGCAGCAUGUUGAAGAAGCAAAGAGUUUGACUAAAAUUGAAGAGUCAGCUAGAAUAAUUCAUACAAGGCCUAGCAAAGUUCAAAUCACAGAUAUAGGUAUAGAAGCACGUCCAACCUUCAGAAGCAUUGAAUGCUGUACUAGAGAUCUUAUAACCACAACUUCACAAUCAAUAACAGAAUUACGAAAACAGCCACGUCAAAUUACCAAACAAAGAGAGAAUGUUCAAACACAAACAGAAAAGCACUCUGAAGAUUUCAUCUACGCAGUUAGGCAGUACGCACAUGUAAAAGAGAUAACAGAAGCUCAAUUCAAUCAGCUCAUUCAACAAGAAGUAGAAAAGUUGAAAUCUAAAGGCAGAGGCGACAGAGCUUGUCAAACUUAUGAAAUAAUGAAAAGCCCUGUGGGAAUAUAUAAAAUUACAUCUGAUGAUCACAAAGCACAUGAAAAAGUUCCAGAAAGUCCACGAUUGAGAGGUGAAUUUGGUUGUCAGUAUCAGCAACAAAUAAGACUUCUUGACAAACAGGAGCACUACCUUAUAGAAAGUACACCUAAAACAACCAUGUCAGAAAUGUACGACAUCGAGACAAGCAAUGAAGAAAAUAAGGCAAUGUUUGGACAGAUAACCGAAUCAAAAUUAGUAACACAAAGUAUCGCAUUUGUAGAUCAAAGACAAAUACAUAGUAGAGUUAAAUCAGAGGAACGUUCUUCGGAAACAAUAGGAAUAUAUGUUGAAAAUUUCCAAAAAUACGAACAAACCGACGAAGAGAAGAAGGCAAUAUCAAGCCUAAAAGACAAAAAAUACAAAAUGAAAAUAGAAGCCAGCAUACAAACAACAAAAUUCCAAUAUGACACCUGGACACAAACGAAAAUGGACAAAAUAGAAAACACAGAAAAGAGAGAGGAAAAACAAAGUAUCACAACACAAGACAGCAAAAUAGAACAAAAAUACGAAACCAGAACUGAAGACAAAUCCAGAGAAAAACAAGUCAAAGUGUGUAUCGUGGAUUCGACGAGCGAGAGAGAUACACAAGUGCAAGAACAAAAACAAGAAAGGAGGAGAGAGGAACACAGAGAAAUGAAGACAGUGAAACCUGAUCAUAUGGUGUCAGUGAGUACCUCCUACGCAGAACCGCCUGUCAAACAGCCACCACCACGCCAACUGACUGACACUGCCACACAGGCGACCUCAGUUACCACACACGUCACGGAAUCCAGUGAGCAUGUGAUUGUCUCUAAACCCACCGUUCAAGUCCAAGCACCUCUCAUCACCGAGACCGCCUCAUUGGAGUUACCCACACCUGAACCUGUUCGCAAAACAUCACUAGUGGAAGCCACACAGUUCGUGAAACGUUCCACAGUCGACCAACAAAUCGACACAGUACCAGUCUCCUCGUCCGACGUGGGUGCACAGACUGAGCCACACAAAUCUCUACUCGACGGUGCUGCCCAUUUGUCGUUGAAACGCACCGAUGCGACGUCACAAGCCAAACCUAUGCAAUUGUGCAUGGUGGAUUCUUGGAGUGAGAUGCAUGCACCAGUGAAACCAGAGACACCAGUUGUUCCGGUCCACGAACCACCGAAACGCAUCCAAACAUUGGAAGCCUGUGUGCAGACGGUGAAGGAAAUCCAAGCACCUCUCAUCACCGAGACCGCCUCAUUGGAGUUACCCACACCUGAACCUGUUCGCAAAACAUCACUAGUGGAAGCCACACAGUUCGUGAAACGUUCCACAGUCGACCAACAAAUCGACACAGUACCAGUCUCCUCGUCCGACGUGGGUGCACAGACUGAGCCACACAAAUCUCUACUCGACGGUGCUGCCCAUUUGUCGUUGAAACGCACCGAUGCGACGUCACAAGCCAAACCUAUGCAAUUGUGCAUGGUGGAUUCUUGGAGUGAGAUGCAUGCACCAGUGAAACCAGAGACACCAGUUGUUCCGGUCCACGAACCACCGAAACGCAUCCAAACAUUGGAAGCCUGUGUGCAGACGGUGAAGGAAAGUAUGUGUGUUGAGGACAGUUCCUCUAGUGUUAUGAAUGAAUCGGUUAAAGUUUCACCGGCUUCUACUAAAGAUGUUUUUGAUUCACUGCCGUCCUCUCGCUUCGAUAUCUCUGUUUGUGCUACACCUUCUCUUUGUGAUUGUUGGUCUCAAUGUAAUUUGUCAUCAAUUACAAGAUAUCCGAUUGUUGAUAGUUUUGUGAAUUUUGAUCUACCUGUAUCCUUAUCAUCUCCACUUGUUGAUUCUUGUUGUAUAAAGGUCUUUGGUUGCUCCUCUGUAGGAACUUUAACUGAGCCAUUAAAGCCUGUUCCCCGUGGGCUGAAAUGUCCGAACUUAAUUGAUGCAUCUGGAUUCUUCCUUGUUGAUCCUGAUUAUUUGUCUUCAACAAUUCAUGACGAAGAUGUCCCUCUUGACUCUGGAGACCUUGAAUGGGAGUUAGUUGACGAUAAUUUGAAAGAAUUACACCGUUGUUUGGUGAAUAGUUGUGUGCAAACUGAAGAGUCAAAUAUUUAUAGGCCUGAUUCUCAAAGAGAACACUCUCCUUCCUUACCUGUUAGCCAAUUGCCUACCGUCAACAGGAAAAACUUUUCAGUCCAGUAUAUUUAUGAGCCUGCUCAAGAAAAUGCUUGCUGUCAAACCCAAUCCAUGACCUCUGAUAUAAUUCAAAAACAGAUCAUUAUCGAUAAUCUAGAUGCUGAAACCAUGACUGAUGAUAUAGAGUCAAAUGUUGCCAUCUUACUUCAAAACGUAAGUUCUACAGACAUCAGAGAACGUUUAAUUGAACGUUAUUACUAUUCUGCACCAUGCAGUGCCAUGCUUGUGACUGAUGCAGAAGUUCAAGUCAACCUGACUGGCUCAGUUUAUAAAGGACACUCAAAAGAAUUCUACGUAAAAGACAUUUCCACAGACUAUAUUGUUGAGCAUCAUAUAGAAAAUGAAAAUAUAAUACUAGAAGAAUCGAGUGGACAUGAUGACAGUGAACAAACUGUGUCAGGCACAUCAUAUUCGCGAUACAUGAAGCGCUUGCUUCAUGAAAGUGGUGUAACUGAAGUUUGGGAAAAAUGUCCCCCAACACAUUCUGUCUUUGAUUAUUAUCAAAGCCGUCGUGAGUUUGGGUCGGUACGUGAGCAGGCCUCUAUGGCCAUGGAAGAGCCCGUUACAGCAGCAGAUGUUGGGAUUCAAAUUGUAUUCGAUUCAUUUUCACAUAGUUCACCGUCUGAAUCCGAAAUAUCAAGAUCUGAAUCCCCGCUUAGUGGAUCAAGUUACACUUAUGAAGCAUAUUUGAUGCGCUCAAGACUAGGACAAGUAUGUGAAGUCCAGUGUCAAUUCUGUCCUACACAUAUACCAACAGCGUCCCAAACGGAUCAUUACGGAAUUUCUAUGCAGACUGAAAGACAUGACAAAUUAAAAGAGGAUAUUUUUGAAAUUUAUCAAAGAAGACUCAUAAAAGAUCAAAUUGCAGAAGCAUGGACUCAAGUUGAACAAGAUUUGUACACAGAAUCUCGAAUGGAAGAAGUUAGUGAACCUAUCGACGUAAUCGAAGAACGUAUCUUGGAGAUAACGGAGAAGAAAAGUAAAAAAGUUUAUAGUCAAAUAAAAAUUACGGAGGAAUUCACCGAAGAGGAGGAUUUGAUUGUUUGUGAAUUGGGUGUGCAAACAGAUCCGUUCUAUGAUCAGCAAUACUUUAUCAAAGCAAAACAAAGUCAUUCUUCAAUAGAUUUUCGUGAAGAAAGUCCUAGACGUUUAAGUACUACGGGUAUUCAGACAUCAGUAAUUCACCUGGCCAGUAUUAUCUCUUCAGGUGACAUAGCAUGGGCUGAUGAGGAUCUGUGUGAAGUAAUUAAGGCAGGCAUUAGAUUGCUUGGAUCUGAUGAGCAUAAAAGUGAAGAUAUAUCUGUGUCAAAAUAUGCGUCUCACCAACUAAAUAUUUGCGCUAGAUUACCAACUGAUUCUAAUGAAAAGGUGCUUAUUAGUAGCGGCACACAAGUAAUUCCUAUCGAAUCAGAUCUCGAGAAAAAGUUCCAGAAGGAAUGGCAAUCAGAACCUAUCUCUUUCCAUGAAUCUGCAGAACCCUUCCAAUCUGAUGAUAUUGUAGGAAAAGUUGGAACGCUUACAGAAGAAACCCACCACAUGUCGAAAAUUUUAGUUCAACUACGUCAACGAACAUUACAGUAUGAAUUAUUUGAAUCACAAUAUUCAACAUCAUGUAUACAAUGGAAUAAUAUCCGUGAAGUGGCCAGUCCAAGAACAGGAUUAUUUGCACCAGUUGCAAUGGCAAUAAGAAGAGGAUGGAUUCGACUUGGUGAAACCAAUGAAUAUGUGGAUCCAAUGACCGGAGUUGCUAUUCCACUAGAAACGGCUUAUCAACAAGGACGUAUACGAUUAACUAGUUCAUCAAGUCAUUAUGAUAGAAAUGUUAUAACAAAUACACCUGUAUUACUAUUAAUUGAACGAGUAUACUUUAGUUGGUGCAAAGCCUAUUUAACAAGCGUUGUUAAUACGGCUACAGGAGAAGUACUAUCACCCAAUUUAGCAAUAGCAAAUGGUAUACUUGAAACAACGGAAGAUGAAAUACGCCUAUUAGAUAGUUUAACAAAUACAUGGAUUACUAUAGAAGAAGGUGCUGGUAGACAAAUAAUACAAUUAGAACCAUCAACUCCCACAACAGAAUCUAUGGAAGAUGAAUUAGAUGAACCAGUUAGCUGUAAAGUUUAUCAACUCACUCAUGUUUGUCCUGGUGGUGAACCAUCUCCUUGGUUAGGUCCAUUAGAAGCUGUACGUUUGGGAUUAUUAAAUUGGGAAACUGGUGAAGUUGCUGCUGAUUGGCCAGCAAGACCAAUGUUACGUAGUAUGAAUUCUACAGGGCAUUUAUCAUCGGAAGAUUUUAUUCCAACUAAAUGGUGUAGUUUUCUAACUGCAAAACAAGCUGGUUGGUUAAGAUUUAUCGAAGAAAUAGAACCACAACGGUAUAUAACAACAUCAGGUACACCAAAUAAAGAGCCAGGAUCACUUCUAUUAUCAACACAAGUAAAUCUUUUAGCUCCAUCUCAAGUAUCAUUAAAUUAUGAACAAGAUGAUAUUGAAGAAAAUUAUCCUCAUCGACCUAAUCAAUAUCAUCAUGAAUUCAAUAUACCAAGAACUAGAUCAGAUGAUGUUUUUACAACUAGAAAUAUAAGUACAUCUAACUUAUAUCAUUCAAUUAAUGUAUUACCUGAUACUAGAAGUGUAUCAUGUACUCGAAUUGAUAUAACAUCACCAUUAUAUAAUGAUUAUAAAUUAAUUCCAUCACAUGUACAAGUAAGACAUGAAAAUGAUGAACAUUCAUGGACAAGUGAAACACAAAUAUGGGAAGAAUAUCAAGAGACUUCAUCAAGAACUAUUUCACCUGAUAAUGCAAGAGGUCAUCAAUAAAUGUUUAUUUUUUUAUUUUGAUAAUAAAUAAGCAAAUCAAAUGAGAAAUUUACACUCUUUUAAUAUGUUACAAUCAUGUUUUAAAAAGAAAAAAGAAAAAUAGACCCAUUCCAGUACAUUUCCAUCAUCACCAACACUUCUAUGCCCUUUUAGUGAUUAUGAAACCUUUUAUUCUUUGUUAUUAUGUUUUUUUUAUGUAAAAGAAAAUAAUAUAUUAGUUGAACAAUGGAAUAAAAUAAGACAUCAGUAAAACAAAUCUGUUUAUACAUAGAAAUUUUAACUAAAGCAAACAAUACUACUACUACUACUGCUACUACUA